AGCCCAUACACUGAGCGCUUUCCCUCCAACCGCCAUGCCGAAUCUUGCCACCGCCGCCCCGACCACCAUUACUGCCAGCGAAGCCACCGCCGGCGACGUUCCGAUACCGUACCUGACGCUCCAGGACAGGGUGGUGAUCGUCACCGGCGCCUCCAGCGGCAUCGGCCGGGGGAUCGCGCUCCACCUCGCCAGCCUCGGCGCCCGCAUCGUCGUCGUCUAUGCCUCUUCUGCUGCCGAGGCGGCCGACGUCGUUUCUACCAUAAACUGCUCCUCGCCGUCACCGGACCUUCCCCAGCCCCGCGCCAUCUCCAUUAGGGCUAACGUCUCCGACGCCGCUGACGUCAAGGCCCUGUUCGACGGGGCGGAGGAGUUCGCCGGAGGCAGCCCGCCGCACGUGCUCGUGAACUCGGCCAGGAUCCUCGACUCGGCGUACCCCCCGAUCUCCGCCAUGUCGGAGGAGGAGUGGGAGCGCGUCUUCGAGACUAACGCCAAGGGAACUUUCUUGUGCUGCCGGGAGGCCGCGAACCGGCUGAGGCGGGGCGGGGGCGGCCGGAUCGUCAACGUAUCGUCGUCGCUCGUGGGCGCCCUGCGCCCCGGGUACGGCGCCUACGUCUCGUCCAAGGCCGCCGUGGAGGCGAUGACGAAGAUCCUAGCGAAGGAGCUCAAGGGGUCGGGGAUCACGGCCAACUGCGUCGCGCCCGGGCCGCUCACCACCGAGAUGUUCCUCAAAGGGAAGUCGCCGGAAUCUGUCGAUCGAGUCGUGUCCGACACGCCGAUGGGACGUCUCGGGACUCCGGAGGACGUCGCGGCUGUCGUCGGAUUCCUCGCCGGAGACUCGGGCCAGUGGGUCAACGGCCAGGUGAUUAGGGUUAACGGCGGCCUCCUAUGACGAAAAAGUCGGAUUUAUCCCCGCCUUGUUUUCCUCUUCGUCUUUGUACCCUUGAGGAUUGCUGUAAUUGACGGAUGGCUCCUUUUCCUUUUUUUAAUUUUUUUCCUUUUUAAUUUUUUUUUUUUUUUGGUGUCAUUGAAUAGCUUUUGAAUUGUAAAAACCGUGUAGUGUUUGUUAAACAAUUCCGCGCGACGUUGUUUAGAACA